GGGACUGGCACUAACGCAAAUAUAAGAUGGCGGUUUAAGAAGACAUAACAAACUUAUUUCCUCUUUCGACCAACAUCUAGAUAGCGCUAACUUUGUGUGGCUAUUGGUAAACCUAUAUAAAGUCGUGCCUGAGACUGCUGAUAAACGCUUGUUGCUGUGAUGGUGAUUGUACUAGUGACGGGGGUCUGUGGCUCGGGCAAGACAACUAUUGGAAGAUACAUUGGCAAACAGCUGUCGUGGCCAUUUGUCGAUGCCGAUGACUUCCACCCAGCAUCAAACAUCGAAAAGAUGAAAAAUGGGAUUCCCUUAACUGACAAGGAUCGCCUGCCCUGGUUAAUUGCACUCAAUGAAGUUGUUAAAAGAUGGAAAAGCCGAUGUGAAUCAGGUGUCCUGGCCUGCUCUGCUUUGAAAACAUCCUACAGAAAGAUAAUCUUGCAAGGAACCUCGGGUAAAUCAACGAGCGAGACCCCGCCACAAUAUCCGCGAGACAAUAAGGGGUCGAAAGAUGUUGGUGAUUUCCUUAUUGUGCUAUUACAAGGAUCCAAAGACUUGAUUCGUGAGCGAAUAUUAAACCGCAAGGAACACUUUAUGCCAGACUCUCUUCUAGACUCGCAGCUUGAGGUUCUUGAGGAGCCAGAAAGUUCGGAUUACACACUUAAAGUCGGUAUUGAACGGAGUGUUGAAGAAACUGCAAAUGAGAUCUUGACCUGUUUGAAAGCCCUGUUUGACGUAAAUGUCACUGUUCACAGCACCGUAUAGGUUAGACUCGACCUCGGUGCGUAGACGAAAUUUGCUGGGGGGGGGGGGGGGUGAGGGAGAUAAGUCUUGACCUAGGCUUCUAGUAAUUCUCAAGCCUUUUAUAUGUAUAAUAUUUAUUUCUGUUUCUUUUUCCAAACAUUAUGAGGAUUAACAUCAUAUUUAUUUUUGUUUACGAGAUGCCUAAUAAAAUAUAUCUAUGCCUA